UCCCAAAGUCCCAACCAAACAUCAUAGGAACUAUUCAAUAAGCCACAGAAUAAUCCUCGGCGUCUCCUCCGAUCCGGUAAUACGCCAAGUUGCUAGGAUUUUCCAGUUUUCCUUUUUCACCCUCUUCUAAAUAAGUAAAUCCUCAAUCUCCGCAUUUCCAAUUCUCUGAAAUAUAUGUGUAUUUAUAUUAGGUUUGCAGAUGGCUGUGGUGUUGGAGGCGAAGGAUGCAGGAGAAUGGACUUACAGAGGAGAAGGGGCUGUCAACCUGGUUCUUGCUUAUAAUGGAACCCGUUCUGAUUUUGUUGGAAAAGUAUUGCGGAUACAGAAGGUACCAAGGAAUGGGUCUGAAAAUGGGAAUGGUUAUUUAGGUCUAACCAAUCAGGAAUGCAUCUUGUGGAAAGAAGUUAAUGAGAUUGUAUCAGCUCCUACAAGGGAAAUAGCUCAGCACUAUUUUGUGCAGCAUGUGAUGUGCCCGCUUUUGGGUCCUAGACACGUUGAUGCAGGGAUUAGCAUUCAGGUGACCCAAGAAUUUCUGGAAACCGUUGAAAGCAAUGUCCUCUCACAGCGUCCUGCUUGGCGUGUUGAUGCUGCAAAGGUCAAUCCCCUAUGUGAUUCUGUUAUGCUCAUGUCCGAUCAUUCAAUGUUCCCUCUCGGUAUGUGUAAAGAGGCAUGCAGCAUUUCUGUAGAAAUUAAGCCUAAGUGUGGAUUCCUUCCACACUCAGAAUUUAUCACAGAAGAUAAUGCUGUUAAAAAGAGUGUAACUCGUUUUCAAAUGCAUCAGGCUCUAAAAUUGAACCAAGGAAAGAUAUCAGAGGUUAGUGCAUAUGAUCCUCUGGAUUUAUUCUCUGGAUCCAGAGACAGAGUACGCAAGGCAAUAAACAACCUUUUUAAGACCCCACAGAAUAAUUUUCGGGUUUUCCUGGAUGGUUCUCUCAUAAUUGGUGGUUUGGGUGGUGGUGCAGACACUACCAGUUGUGAAGUUGGUAAAGCAUUUGAAAAUUCGCUCAAGCAUGUAAUUCAGGCAGAAGAGGGCAUGCGGACACAAUAUUUUCUAGAGCUCAUCUCCAAGACUGUCUGUAGUUCAGAGUUGCUAAAUCGGCUUCUUGAAGUCCAGAAGCUAGACACAACUGACAUUGAAGGUGCAAUUCACGCAUAUUAUAAUGUUAUUUCUCAGCCUUGCAUGGUCUGUGGACAAUUAGAUAAAGAUCAAUCAUCAAAGAGAUAUAACUCUCUGCAUUCAAUGUCGAUGGAGGAAAGCUUGAAGAUUGUGAGGGAUUACUUGAUAGCUGCAACUGCAAAGGACCUUAGUAUGAUAAUUAGUUUUAGACCUAGAGAAGCUGGUAAUGUGGAAACCCCAUAUAGCAUUGUCUCCUUAGAAUCAACCAACCAAAGUUUUGACUACAAGGCAUCUUUCAUUGACCUGGACUUGAAACCUUUGGAAAGGAUUGAAUACUACUACAAGUUAGACCAACAGAUUGUCAGCUGCUAUGUUCAGAUGGUGAAGUCCAAUCAUCAGCUCGACCACACUGGAAGCACUGUCAGAGCUUGACAAUGAGGACAGUUUCUGUUGUAGCUAUCUGUUUCACUCUGGAAGAAGAGGCCAGUUGAACCCAAGGAGAAAGAGACUUGUCAGGAUUUCCCUCCCCCACAAGGAUAGUGAUAUAUCAACCACAUAAGCACCUUCCCAUCCCAAGACCACAUGACCUAUUUAUUCGUACAGCUGGUUUCAGGAUUAGUUUUGGUGCAAAUCUUGAAUUGGCACAUUCUGCUGUUUGGUGAGCCAACAGGUGUAGGUUCUAGAUUUGAUACUACACCUCAGAAAAAUGGAUGAUCUAUUCUCUUUUUUUUUUCAAAACAAUCAUCUUGGAGAUUACACUGUGUAAUGCUUACUCUCAAACUCUUCGUUUACACAGUAAUGAUUGUUUUUUGUUUCUCUUUUUA